AUGGAUGCCAGGAAGGUGCACCCAGUCGAAUACGCCAUUCUUGGUCUUUUAAUUGGACUUAACUUCGGUGUAGGCCUGUACUUCUCCUUCGUGAAGACUGGCCCCAGAAAGACAACGUAUGAGGUGUUCUUCGCAAGUCGAACCAUCCACAUAUUUCCGCUGGCAGUGUCCAUGUUGGCGUCCGUCAUGUCAGGAAGUGGAGUGAUCGGAUUUGUCGCCCACUACUACGCCUAUGGCCUGCACAACGUGUGGACUGAGUUGACCCUGAUCAUCAUUCUUCCCAUAAUUGUCUGCGUUUUCAUUCCUGUUGUCUACAAUCUGAGGGUCACCUCUGUUUUUCAGUAUCUACGCAUGCGGUACGGCAACGAGGUUGGACUUACGGCUUGCAUCAUCUAUUUCGUCCUCAGUCAAAUCCUUGGUGCAGUGGCGCUAUACACCGCAGCAACGGCAGUUUCAACAAUUUUCAGACUCUCCCUCGUAAGAUGCAGCUUUGUCAUCGGAAUGACUGGGACGAUAUACACCUCCUUGGGCGGACUAAGGGGUGUCGUCUGGACGGACUGUUUGCAGGCGGUACUAAUGCUCGCUUCGCCUCUCACGGUCAUUGGAAAGGUCAUCUACGACGCCAAUCACAAAAGCCUAAAUUUGCGACCCAUGAGCGACUUCGACAUAAGACCAUACAUGCUAGAGUACGGCUUUGAUCUCACAAAAGAAGAAAAUGUGUGGGCUUUCCUGUUUGGCAUGAUGACCAUGAUGCUCACAAGGACGGGUAUGGACCAAAUGAUGGUCCAGAGAUUUCUUGCUGCCAGAACACUUGUCGAAGCACAGAUGGUUGCGAUUGUUGGCAUCCUACUCGUGAUAUUUGGAUACACCGUGUUGUGCUUCAUGGGUCUUGCACUUAUAUUCUGGUACCGGGACUGUGAUCCGGUAGAAUCCGGAAAAAUCCACGGGUUCGAUAAGAUUGUUCCUCAUUAUGUGAAUGAAAAUUUUGCUGAGUUUACUGGACUCAGAGGCCUGUUCCUGACAGGUAUAAUUGGAGCUUCUACAAGCACCAUUACUUCAAUCAUCAAUUCCCAAGCUGCAGUACUUUACGUCGACGUGGUGUCCCAAUACUUCAAGCUCACCGAGCAACUGGCCCUGAGAACAGUGCAGUUAUUGGCCCUCACCAGUGGAGUUAUCAUGACGCUAUUCGGAAUUUUGGUUCCGCAUCUUGGCAGUGCCGCGAGGAUCAUUCUUGUUUUGUAUGUUGGCCUAUCUGGUCCCUUCGUUGGAAUUGUUAUUCUGGCCUUGGUGUUUCCAUGGGCCAAUGCUAAGGGCACCGCGACCGCUGCCCUAAUUUGUACUGUCCUACAGAUGUGGCACAGUAUUGGAAAGUCUCUCUCGGGAAUUGAACCACCCAGGAUGGCUGUAACAAUUGAUCGCUGCCCCCCUAAUACCACCAAUCAAUUAGACUACCUAUACUUAUUUCUCCUAUACCGGCUUUCAUCGUAUUGGAUCAGCUUUCUUGGCGCUACCAUGACAAUUUUCCUAGGCCUCGUCUUCAGUGUGGCAACAGAUAAUCACCUGAAAAUGCAAAUGUUGCACAUCUACAGAAAUAAGGUUAACUAA